UAAGGAUACAGAGACAAAGACAUGUAAAUAGAAGAUAAAUACGAGUGUGUGUAUAUAUAUAUAUAUAUAUACACAGACAAAACAUACACAGUAUUGCGAACACAAUAUUGAGAACCAAAAAUGGAUAGUUCGUCACCGGACAAGCUCAUACUCGUGACCCGCGAACCAGACGGGAUCGCCUACGUGACGAUCAACCGACCCAAGUCGCUGAACUCUCUCACGAAGCCGAUGAUGACGGAUCUGGCGACGGCAUUCAAGGCAUUGGACGCAGACGAUUCGGUGCGGGUCGUGGUGCUUUCCGGGUCGGGCCGGGCGUUCUGCUCCGGUGUGGACCUGACGGCGGCGGAGGGCGUUUUCAAGGGUGACGUGAAGGACGUGGAGAUUGACCCGGUUGCCCAGAUGGAGCGCUGUCGAAAACCCAUCAUCGGAGCGAUUGGAGGGUUCGCUGUCACAGCUGGGUUUGAGAUCGCUCUUGCUUGUGAUAUUUUGGUCGCUGCUAAAGGAGCCAAGUUCAUGGACACUCAUGCUAGGUUUGGGAUAUUUCCUUCAUGGGGUCUCUCUCAGAAGCUUUCACGCAUUAUAGGUCCCAACAAAGCACGUGAAGUAUCGUUAACAGCCAUGCCCCUAACUGCUGAACAAGCUGAAAGGUUGGGCUUUGUGAAUCAUGUUGUUGAAGGAAGUGCAUUGUUGAAGAAAGCCCGGGAAGUUGCGGAGGCCAUGAUAAAAAAUAAUCAAGACUUGGUGUUGAGGUACAAGUCAGUUAUAAACGAUGGCCUCAAGCUUCCUCUGGGCCAUGCUCUUGUGCUAGAAAAGGAGAGGGCUCACGAAUAUUACAAUGGAAUGACUAAGGAGCAGUUCAAGAAAAUGCAGGACUUCAUAGCAGGUCGUAGUGCAAAGAAACCUGCAGCGAAGUUGUAGAUAACCUCAAAACAAAGAAGACAAAUUGGUGGCGGAAUUAAAAGGAAUGGCCUCUAUUACUUGGAUUGCCAGUUGUCAACUUGUGGUGUGGCUUUCCAUUCACAUGUUUAUGUACGCCAAUGGCAUUAUCGGUUAGGUCAUCCCUCCUUGAGGUACUUGAAGUUUGCUUUACCUUUUCUUGAGUCGGUGUCUACUUUAGAUUGUGAGUUAUGUCAAUUGGGCAAGCACCAUAGAGUGUCUUUUCCUCCUCGUAUUGAUAAUCGUCUGUCUUCUUUAUUUGAAUUGGUGCAUAUAGACAUUUGGGGUCUUGCUCAUCAUGUUAGUAAUUCAGGUUGUUCAUAUUUUGUUACCUUUGUUGAUGAUUAUUCAAGGAUAACUAAUGUUUUUAAUGAAAGACUGGUCUGAACUUAUUUCUAUAUUUAAAUUAUUUUUUUUAAAGAAAUUGAGGUCCAAUUUGGUUGUAUUAUACGAACUUUACAAUAUGAUAAUGCAAUGGAAUAUGUCAAAAGGUAUUAUUUCUACAUUUUGUGACUCUCAUGGUAUUUUAUACCAAACUUAUUGUUCUUAUACUCCUCAACAAAAUGGUGUAGCAGAAUGGAAAAAUCGGCAUUUUAUUGAAAUAGUUCGGACUUUAAUGAUAAAUAUGCAUCUUACAAAUGCAUUUUGGGGAGAUGCUGUUUUAACUGCUUGCUACUUAAUUAAUUGUAUGCCAUCUUCCGUUCUUAACUGGAAAUGCCCUUAUUCUAUUGUUUUUCGUACUCGUCCCUUAUUUGCAUUGACUACUCGUGUUUUUGGUUGUGUGCACUUUGCUCAUAUAUUACGUCCUGGUAGUGAUAAAUUGUCUCCUCGUGUUGUUAAAUGUGUCUUUAUUGGUUACUCUCAAACUCAAAAGGGUUAUAAAUGUUGGGAUCCUAACACUCGUAGUGCUUUUGUGUGUAUGGAUGUCAUUUUUUUAGGAUAUUCCUUACUUCUCUUCAUGUGGUUCGUCUUUAAAUACUGAUUUAUUGCUUCUGUUGCCUAUUGUGUCUAUUUCAACUGAGUCUGUCACACCACCACCACUUCAAGUGUAUAGUCGACAACCACAGGAAACAUCCCCCCAGUUGUCUACUUCCAUUGAGGCUCCUCCUCCUGCUAAUGAUAUUCCUAUUUCCUUGCGCUAAGGUACUCGUUCUUAUGUCACUGCACAUCGUAUUUCUAACUUUGUCUCAUAUAAUAAUGUAUCGCCCUUUUUGUCCUAUUUUUUAUCCACAUUGUCUGCCACUGUUGUUCCCAAGACUGUGCAUGAUGCUCUUUCUAAUCCCGAUUGGCGCAAAGACAUGGUAGAUGCAAUGGAUGCUCUUCAUCAUAAUGGAACAUGAGACCUUGUUCCCUUACCUCCUGGUUCUAAACCAAUUGGUUGUAAGUGGGUCUACAUUGUCAAAUAUCUUCAUGAUGGGUCUAUUGAGCGUUUAAAGGCUCGUCUUGUUGCAAAGAGGUACUCCUAGACCUAUGGUAUUGAUUAUGAUGAGACCUUUUCCCUUGUUGCGAAGAUUUCUUCUAUCCGAGUCCUUAUUUCCAUUGCCGCCAAUUGUAACUGGCCGUUGUUCCAAUUAGAUGUGAAAAAUGCAUUCUUACAUGGUAAUUUACUUGAAGAGGUUUAUAUGGAGCAACCACCUGGCUUUGUUGCUCAGGGGGAGUCUCGUCAUGCUGUACGUCGCCUUAAGAAGGCCCUUGGUUUGGAAAAUUCAUUGAGGCAGCACUUGCCUUUGGUCUUAAAAGAUGUCAGGCAGAUCAUUCGGUAUUUUACCAGUACACCAGAACUGGUUUUAUAUUUCUUAUGGUGUAUGUAGACGAUAUUGUUAUCACAUGUGAUGAUUAUGAUGGCCUUGCUAAGUUGAAGUUAUUUAUGCAAAAUCGGUUCCAUACUGCUUUGGGGAAACUCAAAUAUUUUUUGGGUAUUAAGGUUGCUAGAUCCAAGAAAAGAUAUAAGCUUAUCUUAAAGGAAAUAUGUGUUGGACUUAUUAUAAGAAACAUGUAUAUGUUAGGUGGUCGUCCUGUUAAUGCUCUUAUGGAUCCAAAUAUAAAACUCGUCUGAUGAGGGUGAUUUAUUUGACGACUAUGGUAGAUAUCGACGUCUAGUUGAGAAAUUAAUUUUUCUCACCAUCACCCGACUUGACAUUUCAUAUGCAGUUAGUGCCGUAAGUUAGUUCAUGGGAGCUCCUAGAGUACCGCAUUGGAAUGUUGUUCUUUGAAUUAUUCGAUAUCUCAAGCAGGCUCCAAGUUUCGGGUUGCUAUAUAAAUCGAAUGGUCAUCUUAGUGUGGAAGGUUUUACAGAUGCUGACUGGGCUGGAUCUCUCUCGGAUAGGAGGUUUACUAUAGGCUAUUGCAUAUUUAUUGGAGAAAAUCUUAUUACAUGGAAGAGGAAGAAACAAGCGGUAGUAGCUCGAUCUAGUGCUGAAGUCGAGUACAAGGCAAUGACUCAUAGCACUAGUGAUGAGUUGACAUGGAUAUAACACUUUCUAGAGGAACUUGGGUUGACAGUUAAAACUCCUAUUCCAUUGUUUUGUGAUAACCAAGCGGCCAUUCACAUUGCAUCCAAUCCUGUGUUCCAUGAGAGGACCAAGCAUAUUUAAGUUGAUUCUCACUUCAUUCGGGAAAAAAUAUUAAGUGGAAGCAUCUCUCUACUCCAUUUGUGAAGUCUGAAGAUCAAAUAGCUGAUAUGUUUACCAAAAUAUUGGGUCAUAAUCGAUUGAGGAUUAUCUGUUCUAAGCUGGAAUUAUAUGAUAUAUAUUCUCCAGCUUGAAGGGAAGUAUUAGAACAUAUAUAUAUAUAUAUAUAUAUAUAUAUAUAUAUAUAUAUAUAUAUAUAUGACCAUGUUGUAAUUAUGUAUAGUUGGUAGGGCCAGUAUGUAAUUAGCUCAUUCUUGUACUUGUAUAUAGGCUUCGCUUCUUUUGUUCUAGGGUUUAAUAUAUGGAACACAACCUUCAUCUCUUUCUCUUUCAAUCUUUACAAUACACAAACACAAGAUUUACAUGGUUCAGCCAAAACUGACCUACGUCCAUGGAUGAAAAGAGUUCGUAGAGAUAUUACAACAAUAGAGUACCAACACCAUUACUCCACGAGCUUAUUUCCUUGUUACAAGCAUUACCGAUGUUUUUCAUACUCUACAUCAAUUCCCUCAUGAGACUACAUCUCUCUCAAUCUCACAAGUCUUGACUCAAAGCCUAUGUAUCUAUUUAUAGAGUUUCAAACUCAAUUCCUUGCUGGACAAGGGUUAAAAUUUCUUAAAGGCCAAGACUUGCCAAACAAGAAGUUAUCAAGCAGAAUACAACUCUAAAAUAGAAAUAUAAUUAGAGCUGGAAUUUGAGACAUAAAUCCCAACAAUCUCCACCUUGGCUCAAAUUUCAUCCGGCCAAUCAUUACUUCCCAUGGCAUUAAUCAUGACAAUUCUUUUGCAUCUUCAAUCUUGACAAUACUCCUGCAAAACUUUGAUUGUCCACAUUAUACGUUGUUCGAUCAAUUAAACCUCUAAGGCUCCACAUUGACUACUUGAGCUCCAUGCCAUGUGACUAAGCUGAUUGACUUCACAUACAACUAAAGCCCGUUGCAGCAUAUGUUGAGACUUCUUGUGUUUUCUAAAUCUCCUUCGCUUUUGGCUCUAUAUGCCCCUAAGGGCCUGAACAACUGUAAGUACCAAUCAAGUCCAGACAGUGUUUGAACUUGAGUGUAAGAAUUACCUUGGUCAUCAUAUCUGUCGGAUUCUUUGUUGUCCCAAUCUUCCUCACUAUAAUAGCACCCUGUGCAACCACAUCUCUAAUGAAGUGAAACCUAACAUCAAUGUGCUUGGUACUCUCAUGGAACAUCUGAUUUUUAAUCAAAUGUAUGGCACUUUGACUGUUGCAAAACACAGUCAAAUCAUCCCACUGCAAGCCCAAAUCACCAACCAAGCCUCUCAACCAUAUAACUUCCUUCAUUACCUCUGUAGCUACUAUGUACUCAGCCUCAGUAAUAGACAAUGCAACUACGGGUUGCAAAGUCGCCUUCCAAUUGAUCACACUCCCAUAAAGAGUGAAGACAUACCCUGUCAAGGACCUUCUCCUAUCAAGAUCUCUAGCAUAAUCUGAAACAAUAUAUCCAGCAACACCCCUACACAUGUCGCUGCCUCUGUCAUAAACUAACCCAACAUCUGCAGUGCCUCGCAAGUAUCGUAAUAUCCACUUCACAGCCUACCAAUGGACCUUUCCAGGUCUAUCCAUGUAUCUACUCACUACACUAACUGCAUGUGAAAUGUCUGGCCUAGUGCACACCAUAGCAUACAUAAGGCUACCAACUGCACUAACAUAAGGAACACGAGACAUGUGCUCCACCUCAUCCUUUGUCUGUGGUGACAAUCGUGCUGAAAGUCUAAAGUGGGUAACCAAUAAAGUAUUCACAAGCUUAGAUGCCUGCAUACCGAAGCGUUCCAGCACUUUCUCAAUGUAUUUCUUUUGUGACAAAUACAAUUUGUCCGCUCCUCUGUCCCUCUGAAUUUCCAAACCCAAUAUCCUCUUUGCAGCACCAAAAUCCUUCAUCUCAAAUUCACCACUAAGCUGAGCCUUCAAUAUGUUUAUUUUAGACAUGUUCUUGCAAGCUAUCAACAUGUCAUCAACAUACAACAACAAAUAUAAAUACGAACCAUCUGAGAGCUUUAUGUGAUACACACAAUUGUCAAACUUACUCCUACAGUAGCCAUUAUCAACCAUAAAGGUGUCAAAUUGCUUGUACCACUGUAGACUGCUUUAGCCCAUAUAAGGACUUCUUCAGUAGGCAAACAUGAUCUUCCUUUCCCAGAAUCUCGAACGCCUCAGGCUGAUGCAUAUAAAUCUGCUCUUCCAACUCACCAAGUAAGAAAGCAGUCUUGAUAUCAAGCUGCUCAAGCUCCAAGGCAUACAGAGCAACAUAGCACGUAACACCCGGAUUGAGCUAUGUUUCACCACAGGAGAAAACACUUCAUUGAAGUCCACCCCUUCCCUCUGUCUAUAGCCCCAAGCGUGCCUUGUACCUUGCAUCUUCCACCCUUGGAAUUCCUUCCUUCUUCUUGAAGACCCAUUUACAGCCCACAAUUUUUUGGCUCUUAGGCUUCUUCACUAGCUCCCAAGUCUGAUUCUUAUGAAGAGAUUCAAUCUCCUCAUUCAUUGCAAAAGACCACUGUGCUGACUUUCCACCUGUGAUGACCUCAUGAUAAGUACACGGCUCAUCAAUAUCCUAUGCCACAUUAAGUGCAUAAGCAACCGAAUCAGCAUGUGAAAACCCAUAUUUUUCAGGUGGCCUAAUAUCCCUCCUAGGCCUGUCUCUAGCUAACUAUAUUGCUGCAACUGUGCAUUUUCCUCAGCCCGAAAUUUCACCUACUUAACUAUCCUCUAACUGAGCUUUCCCUAAAACAACCACCUCCUUCUGCAGAGUAAACAUCACAGACUCAUGAAAAGUCACAUCCUUGCUAACAAGUAUCUUAUUUCCCGAAGCCUCUGGGCACCAUAAUCUGUAUCCCUUGACCCCAAGUUGAUAACCAAGAAAUAUGCAUUUCUUAGCCCUCAAUUCAAACUUCCCCUCAUUAACAUGAGCAUACGUUGGACACCCAAAUAUUCUCAGAUUACUGUAACUAGCAGGAGAACUAGACCAUACCUCCUCUGUAGUCUUACAAUCGAUAGCAGUCGAUGGAGACCGGUUCACCAAGUAACUAGUUGUUGAAACAGUUUUAGCCCAAAACGCUUUGUCUAACCCUGCAUUAGACAUCAUACAUCGUGCCCUCUCCAAUAACGUUUUGUUCAUCCGUUCUGCAACUCCAUUCUGUUGCGGAGUCUUCCUCACUAUGUGGUGUCUCACAAUCCCGUGGGUCUUGCAGAACUCAUUAAAUUCUCCAUCACAAAAUUCCAAGCCAUUGUCUGUCCUUAAGUGCUUGACCUGGUUUCCUGUCUGCUUCUCAAUCAAGGUCUUCCACUGCUUGAAUGUAACAAAAGCCUCAUUCUUGUGCUUCAAAAUAUAAACCCAAACUUUUCGAGAAAAUUCAUCAAUCAACGUCAUCAUAUAUCUACCACCACCAUGUGAAGUAACCUGAGAGGGAUCCCAAAGAUCAGAAUGAAUAUAAUUCACUGUAUCCUUGGUCCUGUGAGUUCAUGUACUGAACUUCGCUCUUCACUGCUUCCAGAAGACACGAUGCUCACUGAAAUCCAGCUUCCCAAUUUUCUGACCACUAAGCAAACCCUGCUUACUUAGAACAUCCAUCCCCCUCUCACUCAUAUGCCCAAGCCGCAUAUGCCACAAUCUGGUAGUAUCUAAAUCCAUAUUCGAGUACGAUACAACAACUGAACCCAUGAUUGUGCUACCCUGCAGAGCAUAUAAACCAUGCUUUUUCAGUCCCUUAAUCACCACAAGAGCACCCUUGGAAACCCGAAUGACUCCACCUCCAGCCUUAAAAGUGCACCCGAUGGAAUCCAGUGUACCCAGGGAAAUCAAAUUCUUUCUCAGUUCUAGUACAUGCAUAACAUCAGUCAGUGUCCUCACUAUGCCAUCAUAUAUCUUGAUUCGAACUGUACCGAUACCUACAACCUUAUAUGUUGCAUCAUUUCCCAUCAGAACUUCCUUUCCAUCAAUAGAUCGAUAAGAGGUAUACUGAUCCCUGUUUGGAUAAGCAUGAAACGAGCAAACCGAAUCAAGAAUCCACUCAUCGCAAGAGUUACCGAUUGAAAUUGUGAGAACAUUACCACCAUCUGAAUCAAUACCUUCUACAACAGCCAUACUUUCAACUUCAGAGGAUUUUACCUUUCCCUUCUUACACUCUAGACAAUCCUUUUUGAAGUGUCCUUCCUUGUGACAGAUGAAGCAUCUCAACACCUUCAUUUUGUUCUUAGACUUAGAUGACCUUUGCUACUAGACCCUCCCUUCUGAUUCAUUCUCCCUCUAACAAAUAACCCCUCUACCGAACUUUCUGUAUUACCCUUAAACGCCAUUUUCUGCAACUCCUUAGAAUUCAGAGUUGCUUUCAAGUCUUCUAUGGACAAAGUAGUUAUGCUAUACAUCAUUGUAUCGACAAAGUUCUCAUACGAGGGUGGUAGAGAACACAACAGAAUAAUAGCCUGAUUUUCAUCCUCUAUCUUGACAUCAAUAUUAUUCAAGUCCAUGAUGAUAAUAUUUACCUUGUCAAGAUAGUCUUUCAGAGAUGAACUUUCGUGCAUCUGAAAAGUGAGCAACCGCUUCAUUAGAUACAAGCGAUUCACAAGAGAUUUCGUCAUUUUCCGGGACUCCAACUUCUGCCACAGCCCAUCUACCGUAGACUCUCCAGCAACUUCUCGUAGAACCUCGUUACUCAAGCACAACAAAAUCGUACUCCUUUCUCCGUAACCUCAUCUUUGUCCUUGAUGUUUUCUGGUAGUGCAUCUUUCCCCAUCAACGCUUCGGAUUAACCCUUGUUGAACCAAUAAAGCCUGCAUCAUAACCCACCAUAGGUUGAAAUCGUUUCUACCGUUAAACUUCUCGAUUUCCAGAAACUUGGAUGACAUCCCUGCUUUGAACCGAAAGCUCUGAUACCAGUUUGUUAGGUUAGCGGAAGUGCACAAAUAAGAAAGAUUCAAAGAAAUUCAACAAAGCAAUCACAUACAAACACAAGAUAUAUAUGGUUCAACUAAAAUCGGCCUACAUCUAUGGAUGAGAAGAGAUUCCACUAUGAUUCGUAAAGAUAUUACAACAAUAGAGUGCCAACACCACUACUCCACGAGUCUAUUUCCUCGCUACCAGCAUCACCGGUGUUUUUCCUACUCUUCCCGUCAACUCCCUCAUGAGACUACAUCUUUCCCAAUCUCAUAAGUCUCAACCCACAACAUAUGUACCUAUUUAUAGAGUUACAAACAUAAUUCCUUAUUGGAGAAGGAUUACAAUUCUUUAGAGACCAAAACUUGCCAAACAAGAAAUUACCUUAACAGAAUACAAAUGUAAAAAUAAAAUCCUAAUUAGAAUGUGAAUUUAAGACAAUUUUUAACACUAUACUUCCAAGAAAUAAUAACGGCUGUGAGUUAUGUCACGAAGUGUGAUAAGCCUCCUAGAAUAUGUUAUACCUAUAUAUGUUGCUUUGCUUUUGAUAAUGUGUUAUACCAAUCAAUUUAAAUCUCUGAGAGCCUUUGGAGAUAAACAGUCACCAGAAAAACUUUUGGUACAUACACCGGCAAUAACCCCCAAGCAUCUCUGUGAAAAGCAGCCACACGAGGAAGGUAAUGACUUUAGAGGGCAACAUCACCGAUAUGUUGAUUAACAUAUAUUAAAAUUGGAGCAUUUAGAUAAGAAAUAAAUAUUUUUUUAAUUUUUAUCUUGAACGAAAUAUUAAAUCAUGUGGCCUUAUCUAGCUUGAAAUUAAUGUGUGAUACCAUAUUAUAUUAGGCCUUAGCAUGCUUUUUAACAUAUUUUAAUUUGAAAGUAAUUGGAGAUAUUUUGAAAUAUAGAGAUUUUUAAUUAAUUUGAUUAAUUAAAUUGCUCCGAGUGUACUAUUCACUCCAUUUAAAUUCCGACUUAAUAUUCUUGAUUUACAUGCCAUAUAGUUUCACAUAUAUUUGAUUUAGAAUAUUUGGUUAAGUUUUUAGAACAUUUCCUUUGAUUAAUUUCUUGUUUAAGAUUUAAUCCUCAAGAUGAUAUACAACUUGGAAUUUGAUUGCGGCAUGAUGAUAAAUUAAGUUUUGGUAUGGUAGCUUACAUAUAUUAAAGUGGGACUAAUUGCAUGAGAAUUACAACUUUUAUUUAAUAUUUAUCUUUGGUGAAAGUUUAAUUUAAAUAGAUGUAACUUGCAUGAAAUAAGCUUGUCAUGUGAUAUUACAAUAGGCCUUGGCAUGUUCCCUAACAUAGGUUAAAUUGAGAGCAUUUGAAUAAGUUUGAAAAUUUAGGGAUUUUAAUUAAAAGAAUUAAUUAAAAUCUAUUUAAUGGUCCCAUUAGCUUAAUUAAAAUUUUAACUUGAUAUUUGUAUUGGUCAUAACUUAUUUACUAAUAUAUAUUAAUUAUGGACCAUUUGAAGUUGUUUUAGAAUAUUGGUAAUUAAAUUAGCAUGAUUUAAUUAGAGUUCUAUUUUGUUGUUCUAAUAACCUAAUUGAGUUUUAGAAUGGAUAUAGGUGAUGACCAUGCCAUAUUCUUUAAUAUGUAUUAAUUUGAGAUUAUUUGGAAUUGAAUUAGAAUUUAGGGAAUUUAAUUAUUUUUAUUUAAUUAAAUUUUAUCUAAUUGAGCCAUGGGUUUAAUUGUGUUUGAAAGUCGUUUCUAUAUCAAAAUCCUGGACAUGGACCUGUUGUAUAUUCAUUUGGUUAUGUUUUGAGUAUUGGAUAACAUAGUUGUUUUAUAUUUAUACUCGUGAGUAUAUGUUUUCCUUAUUGAAUAUAUUGUUGCCUUGUGUAAUGAUUUGCACACUUCAUAUUUAAUAUCUUUCAUACAUAGCGUGUAACGAAUCGCAUACUGAAGAUUCGACAUUCAUCAUAUCAUAUUAGUUGUGGACUUAGAGCAUGUAUUGUAUAGGUUUCCAAAUUUGAUUGUGCAUGAUAGAUAGUUAAUUAUCUUGUAUAUACAAGAUGAUUCCCAUAAAAAAAAAAAAGAUAAGAUGAUUCCUCGUCGGAAAAAAUUGAACACCCUGCGUACCUUCUCUGCUUCUCCAAAAAGGCAGAAGAGUGGCAUGGAUCAAGAUGCAUGAUCGUUCAACAAGUUUUGAAGGCCCCCAAGCCUUAGCUAUGUCUCUAACUGCUCUGUAAUAGAAUAUACAUAAGCUGCAAGGCACACUUUACACAACAGGAAUUUUGGCCAGCUCCAGGAGCAAAAGAGUCGAGCCACAAGAAGGUAUUUCUGCCAUUUUCAGUACAAUGUUUGAUCAUGGGGUGAUCUGAACUCCAAAAUUUUGGCUAUCUCUAUGAGCAAUCAGCACACGAGUCUUUAGGCAACAGUCAUCUGCCUUUUGACUAGAUAGUUGUGGAUCCACAAAGACCACAUGCUGCACGUGCUCAUCCAUCAUCAUUAUCUUUGUCUUUUAUCCCAUUUGAAGGUGAGAAUUCAAAUUCUCGGACAAGUGAUUCUGGUCUGGUUUCGACGUAAAAUAUAUUUUUUAAAGAAUAUAUAUAUUUUUAAAUAAAAUAUUUUUUUAAUUUUA